AUGUUCAUCGAAGCCUCUCGUCCUCUCGUUCGUGCCAGUGGCAACGCCCGUCGGUCGCGUUCCUUUUCGAUCGCGGUGCCUGCCCGGAAAGAAGGUGAUAUGUGGUCCCCCAAGCCUCGUGGCUUUCUCGCCGAGAAAAACACCCCCACGACUCGUGAACCCCGUCGGGAGUCCCUCUCGUCAGAGAACUAUCUCCUCAAAGCCCAACAGGCGGAACAGCUCCGCACUCUGCGAUACAAAAUGCAUCAACACCGUCAGCAUCUCGAUGAGCUCGACCGGUUUAUAACUUCGCCCGAAUCCUUGAAAUAUAGCGCAUACAGUGCCAUGCAUCAGGGUAGCCAGGGUCCCAGCUACACCUUCCGCGAGUUUUGA